AUGCCGCGAUAUUCAAAUAUCGUGACAACGUUUUCGAUUGAGGAGGAAAUGAUUCAACUGAAGAAUCGGAUUGAAGAACUGGAAAAAAUCAAGAGCGAUAUUAGCAAGAAAGUUGAAGAUAUUGAGAAGGAAAUCGAAAACGACAUGAACACGUCAGAUGGCAACAACUCAAAAGCAACACCUCCUAUCGCAGUUGAUAAAGUAACGGGACAACAAGACGACAAAGAAAAAGACGACGACAAAAAAAAUAAAGGAAAAAAAUCAGAUGAAGAGAAAGCUCCAAUCAUUGAAAAAAUUGAGGGAUUGAAAUGGUGGCUAGAAAGAAUAGACCCAGAAGCGGCCGACAUCCUGAAGGAAAGUAUAUUAGCUAGCAUUAAAAAAGAAAGCAAUGAAAGUAACCAGGAUAGCAGAAACCCUAAAAAAUUCGUUCCUGCCACUGAUAAAAAACAAAAGAAAAAAAAUGACAACCAAAAAAAAUCUAACUCAAACUCCAGCGAAGGUGAAAGAAGCAGGACAUUCCGUGAAGAAUUGAGGGCCAUCAGCAGUAGUCGUUCUAAAAGUAGAGAUAAAAGUGGCAAGAGCUUCCAACAACAACAAAGUACUAGCCGUGAUCGUAUUGAUUCCAGAAGCAAUGGUCGAUCUUCUCACUCUCAUCGUGGCGGCUAUGCUUAUAGUAAGUAA